CAUUAUUAGUUAGUCGUGUAAAGGCUUCAGUUAUGGCGUAGCAACGCGGUGGAGAACAUUCUCGGAGAGACGGUGAUCGGAGAAGAGAGGGAGAGGAUGGGAACGAGAGAAGUAUACGAAGAGAAGCUUCGUCGUGGGAAUCUUGAUUAUGAUCCGACAAUGAAUCCUGGUCUUGGUUCAGCUCGAUGUCCUCGUUGCCUUUCUCUCUUAAACCCUAAUUCAGAGAAAGGAGAGUGGAUGGUUACUCCAGUUUUGCACGAUGCUGCUGCAGUGGCUGGGUCUGGUAUUGGUGGAUUGCUUAGUGCCGUCCAUGCUUUCAAUACAGGGAUCCCCUAUCUUCAAAAUCGGUUUCCAGGGUCAAAGCGGCUCUCUUUUCUUGUGGGGGUUCCAUUGCUGCUAGUAUAUUCAGGUGUUGGAGCUGCGUUUGGAGGUUAUGCACUCCCGAAGUUUGCACAGCUGACAGUCACCUCGUAUUAUGCAUCUUCAAGUGCUUCACAUUAUGGAAUUUCUAUGCUCACCCGCCGUAUCGAAGAAGCUCAUCUCUCUCGAACUCAAAAAGAAGAGGCCUUGGCAUAUAGACUUCAUUCAAAGGCUGUUCUAUGGAGGCAAUAAGAGAAACAUGGUCAUGUGCCGCUGAUUCUAACUACUUUUUUUUUUCAAGUCCAUUUUGUAUUGAUGAUCAGAGUAUAUGGGUAGAGAAAUGAACAAAUAAAUAUGGUAUACAGCUUGUUUGUUGAUGAUUCUCUUUGAAUUGCCCAAAAAAAGGUUUGAAAAGAAACUAAAGAAGAAAGCUUUUGAGGAAAAGCUUUAGCUUUAGGUUCUCUGUGUUGAGAAAGAUGUGAAAGCUCUCUUUGGCUAACUCUACAUUUGUAAUCAUGGACCACUUUAAUUUCACUUCUCAACUCUCCCUCUC